ACAGCAGCAGGGUGCCAAUUGGUUGCAACAUGUGAUAUUGUUAUUGCUGGUCAGAAUGCUUUGUUUUCAACACCAGGAGCGGAGGUAGGUCUAUUCUGUUCAACACCUGGAAUAGCUCUUGCUCGUGCUGUGCCGACAAAGGUGGCAAUGGAUAUGUUAUUAACCGCUGAACCGAUUGACGCUCAAAGAGCCAUGCAAAUUGGCCUCAUAUCACGAAUAGUCGUUGAUGAUCACGUUUCGAGUGAAGCCUUAAAAGUGGCUACAAAGAUUGCAGCCCUUAGUCGCACUGUUAUUACUCUUGGAAAAAAGUUUUUUUAUACUCAAACUCAAUUACCAGUGAUCGAUGCCUAUAAAAUGGGUGAAAGAAUUAUGAUUGAAAAUCUCUGCCUUAAAGAUGCACAAGAAGGAAUAGCAGCUUUUAUUGAUAAACGAGCUCCACGCUGGACACACACAAAUGAUAAAAAUGUAUAA